CUGACGUCUGGCGGAAGUUGCAGCGGAGGAGGAGGAGCUGCUGAGAGACCAAAACACAAGUUUUCCAGCAGUUCGAUCUGCUUUACUGAAACCCGGAUUAGAGGAGGAUUCGCUUCACUGCAGGAAUUCCUGUUUAUUUUAAUGUGAGUCUGAUUUUACCGAUCAGCUGAACAGACAUGCCGACCACCCUGCCCUCCUUCCAGACUCAGUUAUCUGCUGUAAUGGAAACGCUGGCGAGAGCAGCAGUGCUGGAGAUCAGUAACCUGGUGGAGAUCGAGUGGGAGAUCCUGAGGGCUGAAGUGACCCGGAGUCAUCAUGAGAUCGACUCCCUGAGGAAGAGGCUGCAGCUGAUGGAACAGCAGCACAUGCUGGUGGUGCAGGACAGGGUGCAGGACCAGCAUCAGGAUCAGAGCCCUGCUGAAGCUCAGCUGUGUCCCAGGACAGAGAAUCACACACCGGUUAAAAGAGAAAAGACACUUGAAGAGCCCAACAAAUGUGAUUCUCCUUCAGGAGACAAUUAUAGGACACAUAAAAAGGACCAAGUUAUUAAAGAAAGACAAAGUGUCUUUAUACGGCAGCGCCACAGUGAAAAACAACCUGUUGAAAUAACAAUCAAACAGGAGCCGAAUGGACUAGAUUUAUGGGACUGUUCUAUAGGAGAACAAAACUCGAGAGUGGAGACUCAUGCUACUGGAUCUACAAGUGCUGAAGAGCUCUCCUCUACAUUCUGCUAUCUUGGUGACACUGCUGACAGAGAAAUCGGGACUGUGAAGACCACUUCUUCAGCUGAUCCUCUAGAUGGACUUUCACUGGAAGAUAAUUCAUGUGACCAGGAAAGCCCAACUUUACCAGUGCAGACGAGCUCAGGAUCAGAAAAUACAGACUACUCUGCCUCACCCAGCUUUCUCCUGCCAAAAUCUAUGAGGACACUCACAGCUUCCAGCUUUUCAGGCGAGAAGCGGUUUGUUUGUCCCCACUGUUCCAAACGAUUCAAGUGUUUCAGCCAGCUUGAAAUACACGAGCGGAGUCACACAGGGGAGAAGCCUUUCAGGUGCACGCUGUGUGGUAAGAGGUAUGCCCAGAAGGGGCACUUGUACACCCAUCAGCGUACACACACUGGAGAGAAGCCAUACCGCUGUCUGCACUGUGGGAAGGGUUUUAUCCAGAAGUGCACUCUGGACAUGCACCAGCGGACUCACACCGGAGAGAAACCUUUCAUCUGCAUCCAGUGUGGAAAAGGGUUUACCAAGAAAUGUAAUCUGACCAAACAUCUGUCUAUCCAUUUAGACCCUGUGACAAGUCUAAAGUUCUACCCCUGAAAUGGCCAUAAGAUCACACCACACAGACUGUUUUUAGCAGAUUUAUGUACCUGUGUAUGUAUUCAUGUGUUCAUGUAUUAAAAUGAUUACAUCAUAAAUUA